GCGCAAGAAGAUGGAGCUGGACAGCACGAGAGCUCAGGCCACACGCAGCGCUCUCGUGCUCGCCCACGGCAGCUUGGCACUGCGUGCCUCCAAGGAACAGCUGCUCGCCCACCUGGAGGGAGACAUCGUGGGCAACAUCCUGAUGCUCUACAGCUGCAGCUGCCGGGACUUGCAGAACAACCUCGCACUGGUGCAGAGCAUCACCGACUUCAGCUCUGCCUUCCAAGCUGUGGGUGAUUCUGCAUCCUUUAACCCCUCCUUGAAGGGAAAGCUUCUGGAGAUCCUGAUGGACCUGCUGAAGAAAUAUUAUUCGGGCAUCCCUGUCUCCCCAGUGCCCCUCAAGGUGGUCCUGGCCCUGGAGCAGUUGAGGUAAGGUCCCCAUUUUGGGUAGCUC